GACAAUAUUUUGCGUUCGUGUGUAAAGUCACAGAUUAUUCAGACCUCACAUUUCUUCUUCAAGCCUGAAAAUCUGGUUGCAGCCAUGUGUGACGCUUUGACGUGUUUGCUCUUCGUUUACAGAAACAUUAAAAGCAGCCUUCAAUGCAGCUAGGAGGCUAACUUUACAAGCAGCUAACGCUAAUGCAAAGAUCCUCCACAGAGUCUGUUUAAUAAGAAAGUUAUUGGAGCAUCAUGUCAGGACUUUUCUCCACCCGAACAUGUUCCCGUUGUGUAAAAAGAUUUUUCAAACUGCACACAGUGACAGACAGACGGAUCUCUAAAGCUUGCCAUUCAGAUGAGCAUAUCAGGAGCUUCAUAAGAGAGAACACACAGAUCACCGGACAACAGAGCCUCACUCCUGAGAUCAAACUGAGACUCUUCACUCCUGACUGCCGAUUCUGGAGAGAAAGACCGGAGCUUUGGCCUUUUGACGACCCUUACUGGGCCAUUUACUGGCCAGGAGGACAGGCAGUCUCGAGGUACCUCCUGGAUAACCCUGAGGUGUGUCGGGGUAGAGCGGUCCUGGAUCUGGGGAGCGGCUGUGGAGCCUCAGCCAUCGCUGCUAAACUUAGUGGGGCUGCUCAUGUGGUGGCCAAUGACAUUGACACCGUUGCAUCGGUUGCGAUCCACAUGAACUCUGAGCUGAACGGUGUGAAGCCCCCUGCUUGUGUGACCGACAACAUGAUCGGCUCAGAGCCCGAAAGCUUCGACUUGAUCCUUCUGGGUGACAUGUUUUAUGACGAGUCCCUCGCUACCAGCCUUCACAGCUGGCUGGACCGCUGCAUCAAAAUUCACGGCACCAGAGUCCUGAUCGGGGACCCUGGGCGAGCCCAGUUUGAAGGACACAGCAUCCGGCGACUCCUGCAGCAUCUGGCUCAGUUUGAGCUACCUCAGUGUGUUAAGGAGGAGAACUACGGCCUCACCUGCAGCAGUGUUUGGUUGUAUCAUCCUAACCUCUGAAUAGCAGAGAGGACCAACUGCACUUGAUCUUGACGCAGUGUCCUGUAAGAAAAUAGGAAGCCAGUGCUGGGUGGAAACUAUUAGGAGGCUCCUAUCAAGUGACACAUGGGACUUUGCCCAGCAACUGCACAUUAGUCAGAAACUAUGUUUAGAAUAGGAGAAGCGUUUAAUUAUAAAAGGGUUCAGGAAAGGUAGUCGGAGUUCUGACUGGUGGCGGACAGCAGGACCCUUACAUGUCUGUUGUUAGGGCU